AUGGCCAAAACCACCGCGACACAAAGCCCAAGUGCAGAAGCUUCAAAAGCAUUCCUAGCUGGCUGCUGCUUAUUUAAGGGGAGACCAAUAUCCAGCUCCAGUCAUUUUAUGCUUCGUGGUGGAGUUUCACAACAAAGGGAAAGAAGCUUGCGUGCAGGCUCACUUCCACCCCCUCGUCUUACCAGCCAAACACCCGUCUUCGAGCGCCGCCGCUGCACCUUGCUGACCGGGAGAGCAGGACGGGAGCGGUGCCUUCACGCUGCCCGUGACAAGCCCACCGAGCCAAGCCCCGCCAGCCGCUGCCCGGUGGCGCCCCGCGAACCGACGCUGCCCUACCUGCCGUGUAUACGAACCGCUGGGACGUUAGUCCGCCGGCCCCCCCCCCGCCGCGUGUCCCAGCGGCACCGGGCCUCGGUGGGGGUGCAGAGCUGGCCCCGGCCGCCCGGUCCUCGGCCGCCGAUACCCGCUCAUCGCGCUGCCUUGUGCCCACAGCCGCAGAACGAGUACAUCGAGCUGCACCGCAAGCGAUAUGGGUACCGCCUGGACUACCACGAGAGGAGGAGGAAGAAGGAGGGCCGCGAGGCUCACGCGAGCUGGCCCCGGCCGCCCGGUCCUCGGCCGCCGAUACCCGCUCAUCGCGCUGCCUUGUGCCCACAGCCGCAGAACGAGUACAUCGAGCUGCACCGCAAGCGCUAUGGGUACCGCCUGGACUACCACGAGAGGAGGAGGAAGAAGGAGGGCCGCGAGGCUCACGACCGGUCCCGGAAGGCCAAGAAGAUGAUCGGGCUGAAGGCCAAGCUCUACCACAAGCAGCGGCAUGCCGAGAAGAUACAGAUGAAGAAGACCAUUAAAAUGCAUGAAAAGAGAAAUACAAAGAAAAAGAAUGAUGAAAAAACACCUAAAGGAGCUGUACCAGCAUACCUGCUGGACAGAGAGGGCCAGUCCCGGGCUAAGGUUCUCUCUAACAUGAUCAAGCAGAAAAGAAAAGAAAAAGCCGGCAAAUGGGAGGUUCCUGUGCCAAAGGUCCGUGCACAAGGAGAAACAGAAGUUUUAAAAGUGAUUCGUACAGGAAAGAGAAAGAAGAAGGCCUGGAAGAGAAUGGUUACAAAAGUUUGUUUUGUUGGAGACGGCUUUACUAGGAAGCCUCCUAAAUACGAGCGAUUCAUUCGACCAAUGGGCUUACGUUUCAAGAAGGCACAUGUGACACAUCCUGAACUUAAAGCUACUUUUUGCCUACCUAUCCUUGGUGUAAAAAAGAAUCCUUCUUCUCCUUUGUAUACAACAUUGGGUGUAAUUACCAAGGGUACCGUCAUUGAGGUGAAUGUGAGUGAGCUUGGCCUCGUGACACAAGGGGGCAAAGUUAUCUGGGGGAAAUACGCACAAGUAACAAACAAUCCAGAAAAUGAUGGCUGUAUUAAUGCAGUUCUACUUGUUUAAGUUGUGUUUGAUAUUAAGCAUUGGACACGGGCUCCUGCAAAAUCAGUGAAGUUUCAACAAGUUUGCAAGAUUUCUGGAACCUUCAACCAUUCAAGAACAUUGACCCUACAAGCUGGUGAGGAAUUUAAACAUGCCAGAAACGACUGCUUGGGUUUUUGUAUUUAUUAUGUUUGCUCAGCUGAACACUGUCCAAAUAAAGUGAUUCAAUUUUCAUGUUUUGC